AAACUACUACUGCGAUGUCCAAACGAAAACAGGACAAGAAAAAUGAUGACUCCGACGAUGAUUCUGACGUUAGCCUGAUCGACGUCGAUUUCGACUUUUUCGACCCAAAUCCCAACGUAGAUUACCAUGCCUUGAAGAGGCUCAUUGGCCAGCUUUUCCAGCGCGAUGCCGACCUUUUUCACACGCACGAGCUCACGGACCUGAUCCUGAGCCAGCCCAGGGUGGGGACGACGAUAAAAACUGAUGGAAUGGAGAGUGAUCCUUAUGCGUUGCUGACGGUGCUGAAUAUGCAUAUACACAAAGAUCAUCCUUCUAUCAAGGCGCUGGCAAACUAUUUCCUGGACAAGUCCUCCACAGACCCGGCGUUCCAUGCUACCUUACAAGGACUCUUUUCGCAGACAGAGUCGCACGUUGGCUUUGUGCUGUGCGAGCGGCUGAUCAAUAUGCCUGUCCAAGUAAUUCCUCCCAUGUACCGCAUGUUGAUGGAUGAGUUGAAAUGGGCGAUUGACGAUAACGAGUCGUACACGUUUUCACACCUCAUCGUCGUAUCGCGGACCUACCACCUCACGAAGGAUGAAGAAACGAUGCUAUCUUCCACCCAGACGAAGCCACACAAGUCAAAGAAGACAAAAAAAGCCCCAGUUCCGACAUUCACCCGUCCUGCAGACGGUAUCUACCCGUUUCACCCUGAAGAUGAAUAUAUUAAGCAGGCCUCCAUACAUGCAGUCGACUAUGCCUUCUCCACGUCACCCACUGUGCCCCGCGAUAAAGAAUCUUUCGGACUGGACACUCGAGGCAGAAUGAUGCUCAUGCCGGCCGAAAAUUUCGCGGCCCUGGUUGGGAAGAUGUCUGAAGCGUAUGCUGUUGGGUGAAUGAAAUUGUACGUCAGGUCUACAUAUUGCAAGUC